CCCAACUCGUAUCCUGACUGUGACGCCAUCAUCAUCAACAUCAUCUGAGUUUGCCAGGUUCACGGAUCCAGUCAAGACCGGUGUCGGACGCUGGUAGACUUGUAGAAUUAACAGUGAUGGGUGGAAGCGUGGAAGCACAUGUUUUUUAUAAGGUUGGUUGCCGUGCAAACCUUUUGGGCCUUGUCGGGCCGUAAGUACCAGUUGACUGAAUGACCAAUUUGGAACGAAUGAUUGUCAAUUGCAUGAGUAUUUAGAAGUUUGGAACCAAAUUUGUUGUAGGAGUAGACUGAGAGAUUUAGUAGAUCAUUCCAGUGAGAAUGGCCAACGACACACAUAAUGAGUAAGAGUCAUCCUGUAGUAAAAGUGGCAGGCACUUUUUACCACACUCUUUUGUACAUGUACCCAGUGAGGAUGCCUUUAGAAAUAAUGGCAAGGGUGGAUGCUGGGUUAGCUGGACGCAAACCAAGCAACUUUGCUCUUCUAAAGGCUUGACCUCUAUUGGAUUGCUUGGAUGGCUCAUUUAUCCUAACUGGACCAAGCCAUUGAACCAAUAAGACUCCCUGUGGCUACCUGACUGACUGCUGACUGGUCUAAUCUACCAAUUAUCUCCCCACAAUUCGGUUUAGAUACCCAUAUCCAGCCAUAUACCCAUCCAUAUACCCAUCCAUAUACCCAUCUUAAGAACGAGGCUUAAGCAAGCUUAACAAGCACUACAAGUCAGAUAAAGCCAAGAUAAAGCCAAGAUGAUGACCAGGAUACCCUCUCUAUCGCUAUCAGCGCUCUUACUGCUACCAUUAUCAAGUGUGGUGAUGGGAGGAGAGACGGUUGUGGACAAGGUCGCCCUUGGCUCGAACUUGGCAGCCGAGGACAAUCCGAUAACGAGACCGAUGACUUUGUCUGAGAAGAUCAAGCUGCAAAAGAGCUACGCCUCUGAACCUACUUUUCCUGGUAUGGGCAUUGACGAUCGAGUGGUGGGAGGAAGUCCAGUAACGUCUCAAUCGGAAUAUCCGUUUUUUGUGGAAUGGGAAUCUGCCGCGUGCGGCGCCUCGUUGAUUCACGACGAUAUUGCACUCAGUGCGGCUCAUUGUGAAUCAAGGACGAAUCCCUUUUCCACACGUGUCUUUAUCAAUGGACUUACGUCGGCUGGAGGAGUCUUUCGAAACGUCGCUCAGCAAUUGUCGCAUCCGCUUUACAACGGCGACGACAAGGAUUACGAUUUCAUGAUUCUCAAGCUAGAUUCGUCGGGACUGGUCAACCCCGACGGAAGUUCUACAGGAGCCUCGCUGGUCACGAUCAAUGAGGAUUCCGAUAAUCCGCAACCGGGAGAUCCGCUCAUGGCCGUAGGAUUUGGAUUGACUGAAGAGGGAAAUCAACAAACCAGUUCCGUUCUCAACGAUGUCGAGGUCUUGUAUGUCGAUGAUGAUCAGUGUAUGUCACAGUACGGAAGUGGCACGUACGUACCCGAUCUCAUGUUCUGUGCAGGAGUCAGUGGAGGUGGAAAGGAUACUUGUCAGGGAGACAGUGGCGGUCCCAUUCUCGAUGCCAACGACAAGCAAGUGGGAGUCGUAUCCUUUGGAAUUGGAUGUGCCAGAGCCACACACAAUGGAGUAUACGCUCGGGUCUCGGCCGUAUCGGAGUGGAUUCAAGACAUGGUAUGCCAACUCAGUGACGAUCCACCGGCUGGGUGUAAGAAUAAACCCGCUCAAAAUGGGAAUGGAGACGUUACCAUUACCAUGAACUACGAUAGUUAUCCCAAGGAAACUGGAAUCGUAUUUGUCAUGGAAGCUCCGGAACCCGCCAAGGGACUUGAUGAUGGGGUCGACCAGGUACUAUUCUUUCAGCCAUACCAACACAGCAACGCAAACAACAUGGAAGUCAAAGAAUUCAACUUUCCAAACCUCAAAAAGGGAGACUACAGGUUGCUCGUCGGGGAUCAAGGAAGAGAUGGAAAUUGCUGCGCCUACGGACAAGGCAGCUUUAGUAUCACGGACAAUAAUAACAACGUCGUCGUACACACCAACGAUGGACAGUUUGGAGAAUUCGUUCAAGUCAAUAUCAACGUCGCGCCCAAUGGAGAUGUCACGUUUAUCAGUGAGACCGCCAACUACGACAAUAGUUGGGAAGGUGCCGACGCCAUUCCCAAUUAUCCACAAGCCGUCGAUCAGGCAUGGCCCGGACCCGUACCACUCCAACUCGGAGGACUCAACAUUAAUAUCAAAUUCGAUCGAUACCCCGCAGAGAAUACCUGGACAUUUGCGAAACGAAACGGUAAUUCCGCCAAUUUCAACGUCAUCGAAUCGUUCGAUGGAGCCACCUUGGGAAAGAGCAACGAUAUGGUCAGUACUCAACUGGGAACUAUAGACGAAGGAUGGUACCGGCUGGUCAUUGAAGACGUGGGCGCUGAUGGAUUCUGCUGCAACUUUCGAAGAGGGUGGGCUUCGAUCACUGGAUACAUACUGUCGACCCGCAAGUCGGGGCUCGUCUGGGGAACCAACGGUGAAAUUGGUUCCAGCAUCACGGUGUAUUUGGAAAUGAAUGCGGAGGGAUACAUCAAAAAGAUCACGGACGAUCUCAGUACUAUCUAAUUUGAAAAAGAGAAGGCAAGACAGACAAGACAGGCAACAACUAACUGUCCAGCAUGGCAACACUAGCUGUCGGAGGCCGUUUGUCCUCCUCCAUGUUCGUAGAUCCCUUCCCCAUCCAACCAUCCAACCAACCAAUAUGCAUGCAGCAUGAAUGGCAACCACAACAACAAGUGACACCGGAAUGACAGUGUAUGCCAUCCCGCAACGACUAGCAAGUCACAAGAACGAAAGACUAGACAAACACAACUAAGUACAUACACACACUUUUAUUAGGCAAGCGCUUGAUUAGCGAUUGAAUUGUGAGGUUUUAGGGUUGUCACUAUAGCUAGCAAUUCAAAAAGUGAGCCGAACGAAUGGCUCACCAAGCAAUCCAGCAACUAGCUAUGCAUAGCUGUCAGACAGGCCGAU